AAAAAACUUGAAUAGCUUUGGUGUUGUCGAGCAGUUCAACAAAAUGCGUAACCUCAGUUGUCUCAACCAGUCCACAAUCAAGCCCAUCUCGGUUUUUGCACCUGAUUUGCCCAUAAUUGGUUCUUCUUUCAAUUCAAUUGACGACUCCAUCACUGUUGCUUUGGGCCCUGAUUCAAAUGAUGGAACCAUCGAAAUCCAUCAAUUCUAUAAGAAUGGUAAAUCAAGACUACUAUCAUGUUUCCAGAUUACUGACUAUAUUGAUUUCAACAACUUUGAUAACCCAGAAAGCAAUUCUUUACUAUUGUUUAACAAUUUCAUUGAGUCCAACCAGCUAUUGUUAGUCUUUGCUAACGGAGAUGUUAUUCAAAUUACUUAUGUCAACCAAUUAGAUCAUAAUGCUGCGACUUUCGAUGAAUAUGAUCCAGAUUCAGUGCAAAUUGAAAUGUUUGAUGUCGAAUGUCUUUUGAAUUCAAAAAUAUUCGCUGCUGCAUUAUCAAAUGACCAAGAAACUAUUACAUUAAUAAUCAACGAUUAUAAUGAAGUCGAUACCGAUUAUCUUGACGACGAUUAUCAGCCAACAUUAAACUUAAAAAUGAUACUACUAUCAAGGUAUUUCGAAUUUAUUAUUUCUGCCCAUUUAAAUGAUAAAAAUGAUUUAAAAAUUGAAAAACAUUUAAACUAUGUUUCUGUUGGCUGGGGAAAAAAGGAAACACAAUUCAAAGGCAGGGGUAUGAAAUUGGUUGAAAGAGAAAUUCUAAAAAGUCUUAAAAACUCAGGUUUAUCUGAUUCAGAUUCAAUAAGAGAUCCAACUCUAAACGUUUUACAAAAUGGGUUACCAAGUCCCUUUGAUUUGAAUAACUUUUCAAUUUCUUGGAGAGAUGACUGCGACUUUUUUGCAAUUUCAACUCAAUCUCAACUCAAUCUCAACAAUAAAAGAAGAAUUAUAAGAAUAUUUAACAGAGAAGGUAUCUUGCAAAAUAUCUCCGAACCCUUAGAUGGCUUAGAACAUACUUUAAGCUGGAAACCACAGUCGUCUCUUAUUGCUACCACUCAAAGAAAAUUCACCCCAACAGUUUCUCAGGAUGAAGAUACUGAUUAUAAUCCUGUUGAUCAAAAUAAAUACGACUUGGAUUUGAUUUUCAUCGAAAAAAAUGGUUUAAAACAUGGGUCCUUUAAUUUAAGAUUACCUUUAAAUACAACUAUAAAUUCAAUCAAAUGGAAUAAUAACAAUCAAAUCCUAGCCAUUCAAUAUAAUAACUCAGUUCAAUUAUGGACUUCUAAAAACUAUCAUUGGUAUUUAAAGAAAGAAUUUAUUUUUGAUGGCGAUCAAUAUGAUGAUUCAUUUAUCACUGACUUACUUUGGCAUGAUGAAAACCCUUUAUCUUUAUUAGUUGUUUUCAAUAACAAAAUCAAAAUUAUAAACUUAGCUUAUAAAUUCACUGAAGGUCCAGUUUGCUCUUCAAAUGAUAAAGGUUCAAUUGCUGUCGUUGAUGGUAAAAGAGCAAAUUUCACCAUACUCGGUGACUUAAACGUUCCUCCUCCAAUGUACCAAUUUCAAUAUUUGAUCCCUGACGGAAAUAUUCUGGAUAUUGCCAUUUCUAAAUCAAACGAGAUUUUUGCAAUUUUGUCCAAUUCAAAUCAAAUCUAUAUUGUUCACAAAAGCUUAAAUGAUACUGAUCCUCACUCUUCUCCAAAUUUAAUUUCAAACAUCUCAACUAGUUUAGAUUAUUUUGCUAGACAAAUCAGCUUUAUUAAUAACAAUCACAUUGCAGUCUUGAUGAACUCCAAAUUUAAAAAUGAUGUUUUAAUCCAAUUCAUUGAUAUCUCAAAUCUAUCAAAUCCCGUUCUAGGUCAAACUUUCAAGAAAGAAAAACAAAUCAUAAUUGCUAUAAAACCAGGCUUGAGUUUUGACCAAUUGACUUUUCAAACUUCUUCUGGCCAUGUUUACGUCUUUGAUGACAUUGAAAAUCAAAUUAUUACUGAAAUUUGCACAUUUCCUGAAUAUUGCUCUGAUUAUCAACUAACCAAAUUGAACCCAAAUACGCCUAAAAUUGAAAACUUCACUUCUGAAUACGAUUUGCAAGACCAGCAAAAUUAUCUUAACCAAGACGAUGAUCAAUACAUAUGUUUUGGUCUAGCCAAAAAUGGUAAAUUGUAUUUAAAUGAUGACCAAUUUACCACUUCAAUUACUUCAUUCAAAUUAACCGAAACCUAUUUAAUCUUCACAACAGCAAAGCAUUUAUUAAAAUUUUUCCAUUUAAAUGCUAAAUUGCUUACUCUAAAACCCGAAGAUAUUAAUUUUGAAAACAAAUAUAUCAAGGAUGACAACAAGAAAAGUACCAAUAACAACAGUAAUCAUUUUGAUUUGAAUAACAGCAAACUUGAUAAACAUUAUGACAAUAACAUUCAUAACUUUAAUCCUAACGAUGAAAGAAUCAGAUCAAUAGAGCGUGGAUCAUUGUUGGUUUCUGUUAUACCAGAAAAGUCGUCUGUUGUUCUUCAAGCUCCAAGAGGAAAUCUUGAAACUAUUUAUCCUAGAAUAAUGGUUUUAAAUGACAUUAGAAAACAAAUUGAAAAUAAAAAGUAUGCAUCAGCAUUUUUAAAAUGCAAAACCAAUAGAAUUGAUUUCGAUAUAUUAUACGAUUAUAAUCCAAAAUUAUUUUUAGAAAAUAUUGAAUAUUUCAUUAAUCAAAUCCGAAAAGUCGAUAAUUUAAAUUUAUUCAUCUCUUGCUUACAUGAAGAAGAUGUCACACAAACCAAGUACAAACAGUCCUUGAGUAUAGAUGAUGAAGCAGGCAAGAAAAAAGAAGAUAUUGUUAAUAUAACAAAUAAAAUGGGAACGAUUUCGAUUCAAGACGAUAAAAAACCUAAUAUCAAGGACAAAAAAGAAAACAAACCCCCUGAAGAUUCUAAGGUUAAUAAAGUGUGUAACGCUAUUUUGAAUGUAUUAUUGUCCGAAGCCAAAUAUGAAAAGGAAUAUUUAAGGACUAUUUUAACAUCAUAUGCAUGUCAAAAUCCACCUAAUCUCAAAGAAGCAUUUGAGUUGAUUUCUAAAAUCAAAGAUCAAGAUGCAUUGGAAAAAUCUAUUGAAUAUUUAUGUUUCCUUCAAGAUGUCAACUAUCUUUAUAAAGUAUCGUUGAGCUAUUAUUAUAUAAAUUUAACUUUAUUGAUUGCUCAAAAGUCACAAAAGGAUCCCAAGGAGUAUUUGCCAUUUUUAAAUAGGCUAUAUAUCAAUAAAGAACUUAGGAGAAAGUUCAUGAUUGAUGAUUACCUUAAAAACUAUAAUUCAGGGUUAAACCAUCUAUAUUUGAUAUACAAGGAGAAACAAAGCAAUAAUAAAGAUUACAUAAGUGAGGAUGAUAUUAAUGGGGAAAUAGAUGAUUAUGUUGUCAACCACAAUUUAUAUACAGAAGCACUCAAGCUAUUUGAAUAUGAGAGCAUACGUUUCAAUGAGAUAUUGAAAUACUAUGCCGAGUAUUUAUAUGAAGAGCAUGAGUAUAUUGAGAGUGGAUUAGCAUAUGAGCUGUUAAAUGAUUACAGAAAUGCUAUUGAAUCAUAUAUUAUGGGGAGAGCAUGGAGCAAAGCCAUUUCGAUUAUUGAACAUAGCGAUGAUCAAGAGGAUGUUUAUGAAAGAUUGAUAACGUUGUUGACGGAGGAUCAUAGGUAUUUUGAUGCCGGUAAAAUUGAAUAUUAUUACAGAAAUAAUCUUCUUGAGGCAUGCAAGUUGUAUUGUAAAGAAUACUACUUUGAUGAGGCUAUUUUGUUGGUUAUUAAGGAAAAUAGGUUGGAGUUAUUGGAAGUUAUUGACGAUGAAUUGAACGAUGGGUUUGGAACAUUGCUUGAGCUAUUUAGUGAUUUCAAGGGACAGAUCAAUUCCCAAUUGAAGAGGUUGAGGGAAUUGAGACAAAAGAAGAAGCAGGAUUUGUAUGUUUUUUACACUGGAUUGGGAGAAGCAAAUGGAGAUAUUCCUGAUGGAGUUUCUGUUGCUGAAUCCAUGGCAUCGACAAAGGAAUCGUUUUUCACAAGAUACACAGGUAAAACAAGUGGUACAGCGAAAACAGGAGUUUCACGAAGAACAGUGAAAAACCGUCGCAGAGAAGAGCGAAAGAAAGCCAGAGGUAAAAAGGGCACAGUGUAUGAGGAAGAAUAUUUGAUCAAUAGUGUGAGCAGAUUGGUGGAGAGAUUGGAAAAGUCGAAGAGAGACUGCAACAAUUUGCUCGAAGCAUUGAUCAGAAGAAAACAGAUUACAAAGGCACACAGCUUACAGAAGUUGGCAAAAGAAGUAAUCUUGCUAUUGCAAGAAAACGUUGGGGAGAUAUACACUAUAUCCGAAAAGGACAGAGAAAGAAUCGAUGAGUAUGGAGAGAUAUACUAUCUUCCUGAGAUAGCAAUUCCCCAAAUCAAAGACUUUGAAAGUAAGAAGAUAUUGGACUACUGAGUGGGAAAGGGCAUUGGUUUCCCAGAAUUUGGCGUUCCAACCUGAUUUUUGUCUUGCAACACACGUAAUGUUCGUCGAUAUAUAGCAUAAUAUACUAUUUGAAAGAAACCUUCUUGUUAGCAGCAUUGGCAGUGCCAAACUUGUCGUCAAAGGCCUUUUUGGCCUUGAGAAUGUCUUUCUGGAGCGCAAUCAACUCGUUCAAUCUGCCGAGCUUGAUGGGGUCCUUUCGCAAC